UAUUUUAUUUUACGAUAAGACGUCGGAAUUCAGCGUACGGUGCUUAUCUCCACCGUUAUGGCCGCCGUGCACCACCAGUGCACCUUCCUCGCCCCGCCGCCGAAGCCUCGGUCCCCUUCGAAAGCUCCCUCAGUGAUCCAUUGCUCCAAUUCCAAGACUCUCGACCCGUUCGAGGAGAAAAAACAAGCUCACGUGGACUACGACGCUGGGACACAUCAAUUGUCCACCAGAAUCUCCGGUAUCCAGAAGUCCGACCUCCCGAAACGGCAUCGUUUGAGAGUUGAAGGAGACCGGUAUCAGAGGGAUUGGACUAUCUCCGAGGUGGUGGAGAGGAUAAUUAAGCUUAACCACUGGGAAGACGUCGAGGGUGUGUUGAACCGCUGGGCUGGCAGAUUCGCUCGCAAAAAUUUUCCUGUUCUAAUUAAGGAGAUAACUCAAUUGGGUUAUAUAGAACAUAGUAAUCAAGUUUUCAAUUGGCUGAAAAACCAAAAAAAUUACCGGGCAAGAAAUGACAUCUACAAUAUGCUGAUCAGGCUCCAUGCUCGACAUAGUCGUAUUGACCAGGCUCGUGGAUUAUAUUUCGAGAUGCAAAAAUGGAGGUGCAAACCCGAUGUUGAAACUUACAAUGCCCUUAUCCACGCACAUGGACGAGCCGGUCAGUGGCGCUGGGGACUCAAUAUCAUGGAAGACAUGCUUCGUGCAGCUGUUGCUCCAAGCAGAUCAACGUAUAACAAUCUGAUCAAUGCGUGUGGAUCAAGUGGCAAUUGGAGGGAGGCCCUGAAAAUUUGUAAACAGAUGACAGAUAAUGGAGUCGGGCCUGAUCUGGUGACUCACAACAUCAUUCUAUCUGCAUAUAAAACUGGGUUGCAGUAUUCAAAAGCGCUGUCGUAUUUUGAGCUAAUGAAGGGUACAAAGAUCCGACCAGAUACUACGACCCUGAACAUUGUGAUACAUUGCCUUGUCAAGGUUGGAAAUUACGACGAAGCUAUUAAGGUGUUCUAUUCAAUGAGAGAGAAAAGGUCAGAAUGCCGUCCUGAUAUUGUGACCUAUACUAGCAUCAUGCAUAUGUACUCUAUUUGUGGACAGGUUGAAAACUGUCAUGCUGUUUUCAACACAAUGGUUUCAGAGGGUGAGAAGCCUAAUAUUGUUUCGUACAAUGCAUUGCUCGGUGCAUACGCUUCACUUGGGAUGAGUGAACCUGCCUUGGCAAUUUUCAAUGAGAUGAAACAGAAGGGUAUCCGGCCAGAUGUGGUAUCAUAUACAACUUUACUUAAUGCCUUCGGAAGAUCACAACAACCCCAGAAAGCCAGGGAAAUAUUCGACAUGAUGAGAAGAAACAACUGUAAACCGAAUUUGGUGAGUUACAAUGCACUGAUUGACGCCUACGGAUCUAAUGGUCUUCUAGCCGAAGCAGUGGAAUUGUUGCGUGAAAUGGAGCAAGUUGGAUUACGUCCAAAUGUUGUUUCAAUUACUUCCCUUUUGGCUGCCUGCGGUCGCUGUUCUCAGAAGGUGAAGGUCGAUUCCAUACUUAAGGCUGCAAAGCUGCGAGGCAUAGAAUUGAAUACAUUUGCCUAUAACUCUGCUAUCGGGAGCUAUAUGAAUGUCGGGGAAUACGACAAAGCUCUAGCUUUAUAUAGGAGCAUGACGAAAAAGAAGGCUCGACCUGAUUCUGUUACCUUUACCAUUUUAAUAAACGGCUGCUGCAAGAUGUCGAAGUACAGUGAAGCACUUGAGUUUCUAGCUGAAAUGAGGAAUCUCAAGAUUCCAUUGACACGGGAGGUUUAUUCUUCUUCGAUUUGCGCCUAUAGCAAACAGGGUCGACUUGCUGAAGCUGAAUCGCUGUUUGACAUGAUGAAAAUGGAUGGUUUGCAUCCUGAUGUCAUUGCAUAUACGACAUUGCUACAUGCUUAUAAUACUGCAGAAAACUGGGAUAAAGCUUUUACAUUGUUUCGAGAAAUGGAGCUGAAUGGCAUCCAACCGGACUCAAUAGCUUGUGCGGCACUGAUGAGAGCGUGCAAUCGAGGAUCUCAACCAGAUAAAGUUCUGCAUCUUGCCAAGUUCAUGAGCGACCGGCAGAUCCCAUUUAUUGACGCAGUCUUGUUUGAAAUGGUUUCGGCUUGUACCAUUCUGCGAGAUUGGAAAACCCUCACUCAAGUUAUUCAAAUGAUGGAGGCAUCCCUUCUGAGAAUAUCGGUUGGAACAUUGAAUCAUCUUCUUCAUUCUUUCGGUAAAGCUGGAAAGAUCGACACUAUGAUGAAGUUAUUUCUAAAGAUAGUUGCAUCGGGUGCAGAAGUUAGCGCCACGACAUAUGAAGUUUUAUUAAAGAAUCUUUUAGCUUCCGGGCAUUGGAAGAAAUACAUUGAGGUGAUGCAAUGGAUGGAAGAUGCAGGAAUACCGCCUACAAUCCAAAUAUACAACAACAUAUACUCUUAUGCACAAAAAAGUGCGGGAGCUGAGAAUGCCGCAAUCAUAAAAAGGCGAAUAGAAAAUGGAAGAACAUUCUAAGGAUGAAGUUCGAACUAAGGAUUGUUUCUACCCAUGACUCAGUUAUAAGGAUUGUUUCUACCCAUGACUCAGUUAUUGUCGAAUUGUCUGCUCUAUUCUCGGGUGUUUCUAGACAUGAUUUUGUUUCUUGGACAGAAUCUUUGAAGAGGAAAUCGGAUCAGCAUACCUUAAAAAUGGAUUCAACAUCAAGUCCUCCCCUCACCACCAAUGCGUUUAUUGUUAGCACAACAGCAGCUGAGGCGAAUGGAUGAGGCUAUUCAUUUACCCGGCGAACAAGCCUUUCAAAUAUACAUCAAGAUUCUGAAGGAGAUGAACACAGUUAGAGGAAGCAUAUUGAUAGUAGCGCUAUUUGACGAUGAUAAAACAUGAUGAAAGGAAGAAUCUUUCAACUAAUGAGGCACAUUGAUCAAAGUAGGUUCUUAUUUGUAUAUUCAACUAGUACUGAAAGAUAUAAGAACCAUAAUCUUUCUCCUU